UACCUGAGCAACGAACAAGCGCCGUGUUGCUUGCAGCAAUCGGGGUGAGUCGUCUCAAACGCCAACCAGCGCUUAUUAGAGCUGUGCCACGCGUUCCACCGUCUCCCGUCCGCACCUCCAGUCGUCAUCGCCCGCCGUCACACCUCUUUUCCAUCCAUCAAAUACAUCACCUUCCCAAACACAGCCAUCAACAUCAACUGACCGACGUGCCCCGUUCGUCCUGCUGCAGUCGUUGGCCAUCGACAACAUGGCGUCCGCUGCGCAAGUUAGUCCCGAAACCCCCAUCACCUUCAAGGUGAUCAUCGACGGUCAGACCCGUCGAUUCAAGCUGCCGCUCCGCGAUGUGGGCAUCAACGUGCUCGAGUCCAGGUUGCGAGCCGCACUCGAUAUCCCUGCCGACGCCUACGCCGUCUUUGAACGGUACUCCGACUCGGCUGCCGCGUAUGUUGUUCUGGACCAGACCAAGGUCGCCGUCUACAAGCAGCUGUACCGCGCUGCCAAGGCCAAGCGCAAGCUCAAGCUCCGUGUGACUACCACCCGGGAGGAAGAAAAGCAGGGGCCGAAGCCUGUCUCCGUUUCCAACGAGGCUGAGGAAGAGAGCCGCCCGAGUGUUGAGCCUACGGAUACUGAACGUGAAGCCGAGCAGCCCGUCGUCUCUGAUCCGACUCCCGCCACUGCUGAAGAAAGCGACUCUGAACCUACACCCGAGACCCGCCCCAGCAAGGCCGAGGAGACCAUUGUUCAGUCGAUGAAGGAGGCAACAGAGACCCCUGCGGCUCCCGCGAACUUCGCAAUUUCAUCACCAUCUGACGUUCCAUCUUGCAUUGCAGCCUGCCCCGCAAUGCGUGCCAGCUAUGCCGUGUGCUGCAACAGCUGCGACCGAACCAUCCCGGACGCUCACUACCACUGUUCCACCUGUGACGAUGGGGACUUUGAUCUCUGCCAGGACUGCGUGGACCGCGGUGUCACAUGCAAAGGCCCCAGCCACUGGCUCAUCAAGCGCUUUGUCAAGAACGGCGUCAUUAUCAACAGUACCACAGAACGCUUGGCGCCCAAGCCAAAGCCAAAGCCGAAGGCCCCGUCGCCCGCACAGGCGCCGCAGAGGAUCGUGCCCGUUUUCAACGACCUGCUGUACGCCAGCAUCCGCACCUGCAAUUGCUGCGUGCAGGAGCUGCCUGAGGUCGAGUUUGUGCAUUGCACGACCUGCCCGGACUUCGACCUUUGCAGGGCUUGCUUCGCCAAGGACCGCCAUGGUCAUCAUCCUAAGCAUGCCUUCGUUCCUGUUGUCGAGGGCAUCACCCUCGAGACCGAGGUUUCCCGCCGUCUCGCCGCCGGCCGCGGCCAACACCACCACGCUAUCUGCGACGGCUGCGACGCCGGCAUCACGGGCGUCCGCCACAAGUGCUUGGAGUGCCCUGAUUGGGAUUACUGCUCUAGCUGCAUCGUGAACGCUGGCUUCAUCCAUCCUGGCCAUCGCUUCGUCCCCAUUUACGAGCCGCUUGAGUAUGACUCGUCUCACUUCCGUGUCACGGUCCGAAAGCCUGUCCACUACGGCAUUUGCUGCGACGGCCCGCUGUGCUCCGCCGCCCGCACCAACUCGACCUACAUUGUUGGUGACCGCUUCAAGUGCGCCGUCUGCGACGACACCGACUUUUGCGCCUCGUGUGAGGCUAGCCCUGCCAACAAUCACAACCGCACCCAUCCCCUCAUCAAGUUCAAGACUCCGGUUCGCCACGUCAGCGUCACGACGACCGGUGAGAAAGAGAACGGCAAGCAGAUGCCGACCAUGGGUGACCGCCUCAGGGCUCGUCCUUCCACCUCUCAAGCUCCGGCCAGUCUCCCUGCUGAGGAGCCUAGCACACCCUCGUCGCUGAUCAGCGGCGUCCAGACCGUUGUGGAUGUCAAGCCGUCCGAGCCUGUCAAGGUUGAGGACAAACAACCGGUGCAAGCCAAGGAGGAGCCGGCCGUCGCUGCACAGGCGUCUACCGAUGAUUUGGUCGCCACGUUUGUGCGCGAUACGGUGGAGGAUGGCACCGUCUUCGGGCCGGACCAUGUCUUCGAGCAGACCUGGAUCCUCCGCAACACGGGCAAGACCGCUUGGCCGGCCGGCUGCUCCGUCAAGUUUGUCGGCGGAGACUACAUGGGCCACCUCGACCCUAACCACCCUGCAGCUACCAGGGAUGUGGAGUUCUCGUGCGAAUCCACCAUCUGCUACGCCGCUGUCCAGCCCGGCGAGGAGUUCCCCUUCACCGUGCUGCUGAGGACUCCGUCCCGCCCCGGCAGGAUCGUCUCCAACUGGCGCCUGACCACCAAGGAGGGCCACCGGUUUGGCCACCGUCUCUGGUGCGACGUUGUUGUGGAGAAGCCCAAGGUCGCUCUCCCGCCGUCUGACCCUGUCACGCUGAGGGAGGAGGAGAAGCUCCUGUCUGAGCUGGAGCCGGAGCACAGCCAGAUGAUCUUCCCCAAGCUGGAGAAGGAGUCGCCUGCUGCCAGUGUCCAUGAGGAGCCCAAGCCUGAGGCGCCUGCUCCUGCUCAGGAACAGGUUAAGGAGGCGGAGGCAGAGCUCGAAUAUCAAGUUGAGGAGGAGGUAAUUGAGGAGCAGUAUGAGGAGUAUGAGGACUGCCAGGACGAUGAGUGGGACAACACCGAGUCGAUUGAUGGCUACUUGACUGAUGAGGAGUACGACAUCCUUGAUGCCUCGGACGAGGAGUCCAACUCUAUUAUCCAGGGCAAGCAGAAGUGAGAACGGAGAUGAAGUUAGGGCGCCUGACUGCACGGGAAUGAGGAAGGAGAGGCUACUGACAAAGUAUGCUGGGGUUACGGGGAUAUUAUGGGGCAAUGGGUUUAUAUUCUUUCCCUUUUGGUUGGGUUUGCUAUUUUGGGGGAAAGGUCAUGAUCUUGCGCUUGCUGUUUCGGUGGAGUCUUUCCUUUUUUGCUCUUCUCAACCCCAGUUAUGAAUCCCUUGCUCCCCGUACUUUGGCUCUCCCCAGAAACACAGUACACGAGAAGUCCUUGGGGUAUGCAGGCACUU